CCUUCUAUUCGUUUUGUUUUCUAAGGACGCCUGAAGAUUGCACAAAAAGUUCUCAGUUUAGCUACACAGAGGAAUGAACACCUGCACAGAUGCUCUCAGUGCAAAGUUGCUAGAUACUGUGGUAAAUCCUGUCAGAAAGAAGCUUGGCAGGACCACAAGCAGGAAUGCAAGUGUCUUAAGAGCAUCGAGCCCAAUUUUCCUCCAGACUCAGUCAGACUUGCUGGCAGGAUUGUUUUUAAACUGCUUAGGCAAUCUGUAUGCCUUUCUGAGAAACUUUACUCCUUUUCUGAUCUUCAAUCUAAUACUGAACAACUAAGUGAAGAAAUGAGAGAAGGCCUCAGGCACCUCGCACAAACGUUGCAACUGUAUUUGAAAGCGGAGAUCCAGGAUGUGUCUCAGCUGCCACCUGCAAUUGACUUUUUUCAGAUCUUCACAAAAGUGACCUGUAACUGUUUCACCAUCAGUAAUGGAGAGAUGCAGGAUGUUGGUGUUGGCCUCUAUCCCAGCAUGUCUUUACUGAAUCACAGUUGUGACCCAAACUGUGUGAUCGUUUUUGAAGGAUACCAGCUUUUGCUUCGCUCCGUCCGAGAGAUCCAGAUUGGUGAAGAGCUCACCAUCAGCUAUAUUGAAUCCCUGAUGCCCACUAGUGAACGCCAAAAACACCUGAUGCGCCAGUACUGCUUUCUAUGUGACUGUCCUCUCUGCCAGAAUCAAGACAAGGAUGCUGAGAAACUGGCAGGUGAAGAACAUGUCUGGAAAAAAGUCAAAGAUGCUGUGAAUGGGGUGAAACAUCCCAAAUCAGAAGAAGAGUGGGAGCAGGUUCUGGUAAAAUGCCAGAAUCUCUUAAGCAGCAAUGAAGGUUGUCUUCCAGACACAAAUAUCUAUCAGCUGAAAAUGCUUGACUGUGCCAUGGAUGCCUGUAUCAACCUUGGAUCCUGGGAAAAUGCUUUGAAAUACGGCAUCAGGACUCUCGGACCAUACRGACUCUAUUAUCCUGGUUUCCAUCCACUGAGGGCAGUCCAGCUGAUGCGAGUGGGCAAGCUGCAGUAUAGUCAAGACAUGUUCCCGCAAGCCCUGGAGACCUUGAAACAGGCCUAUACUAUUAUGAAGGUGACCCAUGGAGUAGACCACAGCCUCAUGCAAACCUUGAUGGAACUAAAGGAACAGUGUGAGGCUGCCCUGAGGAUGCAGUGAAGAAAAGAUGCAGUCUGGAAAACAAGAUAUUAAAGGAAAAAGAAGAGCCAGACCUUUUAUUACUUUGGAAAGCUUCUUGUUGAUAUUGGAGUCUUUUCAUUGGGCCCUAUUUGUUUUACAGAAAUGUGUUAAUGUUUAUCAGUUUCACUGUAUGUCUGAACUUCCUGAACUUUCCUCAUGUUUUGAGKAAUAUUUGCCACUUUCAGAGGGAUUUUAACUUCUGCAAGGCAAACUGGCUGUGAGUAAGUCUUAAUAUUUCAUCAUAAUACAUGCUGGUAAUAAAAAAUGACCACUUAUACAUAUGGCCAGAAAUAGUCAUAUUCUUUUUUUGAUCUAUAACCAAAACAUCCAAUCCAAAUACCUCUGAAUAUAUUAAAAAAAAAAUUAGACUUGAAUUCUAACACAAUACUCAGCUAAGCCUCCUAUGGAGCUUCUCUUAUGCUCUUUUAGAUAUGGAUUUCUCUGUCUGCACUAGCUCUGGAAUUAUCACCAAGUCUCACCUUACUAGCUGUCUUAUGUCUCAGUGUACUAGAAAACAUUUUAAGUAUUUUUUUCUGCCAAACACCUUGCUGGUGAAUUGAUCAAAAUUAUUGGGAAUUGUGUGUUAGA